AUGGCGGCGCGUUCCCUGUGGGCGGUGCAGCGGCUGCAGCGCCUCCUGGCCUCGGGGGCUAUGUCAGAGUGCAGGGGAUGGCAACACCCAUUCAGCACAGCCACCCAAAGGACUGCUGGGGAAGACUGCAGUUCUGAGGAUCCUCCUGAUGGACUUGGUCCCUCUCUUGCUGAACAGGCCUUAAGGCUAAAAGCUGUUAAACUGGAAAAAGAAGUCCAGGAUUUAACACUGAGAUACCAGAGAGCCGUGGCUGAUUGUGAAAACAUAAGGAGGCGAACCCAGAGAUGUGUGGAAGAUGCGAAGAUAUUUGGAAUCCAGAGCUUCUGUAAGGACCUGGUGGAGGUGGCAGACAUUUUGGAGAAGACUGCGGAGUGCUUUUCAGAAGGAGCUGAACCUGAGGACCACAGGCUUAUUCUGGAGAAAGUUUUCCAAGGGCUGUCCCUGUUAGAAGCAAAGCUGAAAAGCGUGUUUACCAAGCAUGGCCUAGAGAAAAUGACACCCAUCGGUGACAAAUACGACCCUCAUGAGCAUGAACUCAUCUGUCACAUGCCAGCAGGUGUUGGGGUGCAGCCUGGCACCGUGGCACUAGUUCGGCAGGAUGGCUACAAACUUCAUGGCCGUACCAUAAGACUUGCGCAAGUAGAAGUGGCAGUGGAGUCUCAGAGAAGACUCUGAACAGGUCACUGGAACCAAACCCUCUCCCAGAGUCAGGCACCUUUAUCUCCUUUAUUUAUUAAGCUGGUUUGUAUUAUACAUGAGGUCUUUCGUGUGCUCCGUUUUGGAUUUAGUCACAUUGGCUGUAUCUCUACAGUGUCCUAUUGGGUUUAUGUGACCUGUUUGGUCUCAUCAGGAGUCCUGCCACUAGGCGUUUGAACAAUAUGACAAGUGUCAUGUGGCCUUUAUCAAAAUGUUUACAAAAAUCAUUUAAAUUGGUACUCUGAUGACUGAAUCCAAAAUCUUACCUGUGUUUUCAUCUAACUGCUGGAAUUAGUGCAGUAUGUUGUGUCUCGUAUUUUGAGGGAAAGGGAAAUGAUAGGGACUGGUUUGACAUUUAGGUACGUAGAUGACAAUGCCUUACCCUUGUAUAAAGUUAGAUCACUUGGGCUGGCAGGUAAAGAGAUUUCCUAAGGCUCCUUUUUUAUUUCACUUUUUUUCAGUCAUCUCUCAUGGUUUUAUUCCCUGCCAGGGUCACACUUACACUGUUUCAUAGCCACCCCUUUCUGGUCCCUUUUGGAAGGGCUACAGGAUCAGGCCAGUCUUCCUUUCUUGUUGGUAAGGUGAAUACAUUUAUCAUUAAACUGGUCUCAAGUCUAAGAACAGGCAAGUCUUGGUUGCCUUGACAACACAACCCAAUCCUAGGAAGACCAAAAGCCUCCACACAUCUCAAGUUGGAGGAAAAGACUUUGGGGACCAGGCAUGAUGGCUGUCAAUUUGAAAAUAAAAACAAAAUAUUGAGGUGGGUAGUUUUUUUAUAGUAUAUAAUUUACACAAAAGUAAUGCUGCUUGCCUCCCUUGCAUGGACUUGGAAUGAACCGGGCCAUCCUUCUUUCUGGAUUAGGGUGUGGGGCUGCUUUGAAGAGGACAAGGGACUUCCUAUAGCAGCAACAAUAAAAAUAAAUACAAAGUCCUCAGGCACAUUGUAAAGCAGUUGCUGUCACCUUCACUAUUCCAGUUUUUAAAUCCUGAGUCAAAAACACCAAGAAAAAGAAAAUUUUUGUAUAUUUAUUAUUGGCAAAAAGAACAAAGUUGUCUCAGUUCUGCAUAUGUUUUGUUAAGAAAAGGUGUGACACAGUGCCAUCACUGUCCACCUAGAGUCAUUGGCAGUGCACGAAGGAAGGGCCAUUUUCCUUGUGGUGUUCUUGGUGAACUGUGUGUAUCUCCUGAUAAGGCCGAGGUGCAGUGGCCUUUGUACUCAGGGAGCAAUGAUGUUGGUUUUCAUGGUACAGGAAGCCAGAGGAAUGACCUGCAUCAGUGCCUGAGUACAUGGUGGUACCACCAGACAGCACUGUGUUGGCAUUGGGGUCUUUGCUAACAUUGACAUCACACGUAAUGAUGGAAUGGAAGGUAAGUUCAUAGAUGCCAUCAUAUUCAGCACCCAGAAAGAAAGGCUAGAAGGGGACGGACGUGGGGGCAGCAGACUUGGUUCUUGCCAAUAACAACAACCUGGCCAUCAGACAGCUCAUAACUCUUCUCCAGGGAGAAGAAGGUUGCAACAGCAGGCAUGUCUUAUGGGAAGUCCCAGGCAACGUGGCACAGGUUCCCCUUGAUGUUAACAUUUGCCGAUGGUGAUGCUGUAGCCGUGCUUGCUCAGGAGCUUCAUGAGUAGUCUAUAAGGUCUUGUCCAACAGGAUCACAUAAGGAAGAACAUAGUCCCUGUAGAUGGGCUAUGUCUCUCCAGAGUCCAUUGGGAUGCAAGCGCUACUAUCAAGACAGCACAGCCUUAGUGGCUAUGUGCACGCUCGAUGUUGAUGGUCUUGAGCAUGAUUGCGGUCGUCUAUUGCCCUAGGGUUCAGGGAGCCUUGGUCAGCAGCACCGAGUGCUCCUCCAGGGCCAUACAUGUCUCAUAUAAAGUAUGAUGUUGUCUCUGUCAUCCAAGUUGGUGACAAACCCUCCAUAGAUACCUCGGGGGAUGCUUCUCUUUAGGCCUUGUCACCCACAUAGGAAACCUGGCCAGUGCUGCCAUCACACCCUAGCGCAUUGGGCUACCCACCAUGAAGCAGGAGACAGACUUGGAAGCAUCCCCGCCUAUGAAGCCAGCUCUGUUAGCACCCGUGCAGCAAUAUCUGCUUCCAUGACAAACGGGGACAGGUGGGGACCCAGCAGUGGAGGAUCUGAGAGAAGCCUGUGCUUGCCAGGUAAACAUGGAUACUACAGAGCAUCUUCCCUUAUACACAAGGAGCUAUUUUCACAGCUUCUUGAAUAUGAAGUAAUUUUAGGCAGCACCAACAGCAAAUGACCCAAGUACAUUUGUAUAGGUAAUUACCUACAGUGGCUGAUUCCACCAACCCUGGGAUCCUACAUUAGAUUAUAUGGGGAGACAACAAAAAUUCUGCACUUCUAUAAUUUCUCAUUAAAUAAGGGUGAUGUGUGCCUUUUCCUCCCGCCAUAGGGGCUGACAGAUGACUACCUCUCACAUCAACAAAACUUGUUUUUAGAGCACUGGGGACUGAAUGUAAGGUUUCAUGAAUGCUAAAAGCUCUACAGCUCCCGGCCCUGACAAGCUUUGUUUCCUAGUUUUUUGUAUCUACCUUAAGCCUUAUUGUGUGGACGUCUACCUUGUAAAUUUUAUGAACCUGUAUAGUUCUUAAGUUUCAAUAACUGAUGGUGUGUAAAAGAUUUGCCCAGUAAAAACCUUAAUGUGUGAAUUAUACACAAGGUAAACUUUAUAAAGGUUUUAAUUUGAGAGGUCUUAACUGAUAUCGGGGAAAACGGAAAUGAGAAGUUGAUGUUGUAAACUUCCUUAGGAAAUAAUAAGUAGAAUUUAGGAAAAGAACCACUCUGAUUUCUCUUAGCAUAAUUCUGCCAGGCAGGCAGGGUGGCCUAGGUUAACAGCUGCCUAGGAAAAGCUGUGCUGAUCUGUCUUGAUAUAACCAUGACAGUACUUUACAUUGUAAAUUUCCCCAGUUUGUCCACACAACCAGAUCUUGUAAUAUCUAACUGUGAAAUGUAGUUAAUGACUCAAAGUAUAACUUGGAGCCUGGAAACUGUGUCGGCUGGCAGGGAUUUCUGUUCAGGGACAGUUCCUCUUUGUACAUUAGCCAGAAGCAGUCACGUGCUAAUACUAAAAGAGCUUUCCCUUUAUUAAUCUUUAAGAGAUGGAGUGAGCUCCUUGGGAAGGCAUAUGAAUUCUAUAACAUCACCCAUUCUGCUGCUUCUGAGGCUUAAAUGUAGUUUGUUCUAAGAUUAGACACAAGAGACAACCCUUCUAUAGACUUUGACCGGACUACAAAUUAAACUAGCACCAACUGGAUUACUAGAAGAACCAUAUUCUGUUGUAUACAUAAAUACAAGAAUCCCACAAAAUCUGAGUCUGUCAGAUCCCGUCCUUAUCUACAGAACAGGGCUUAGAUCUCCUAAAUGCUGGAAGAGCAGAGAAAACUGUAAUGAGUAAAGGUGGUCUUGUAGACAUUGUCUGGGAGGUCCUUUGAUACAUAAAACUGCCAAUUGUAAAUAGAGAAAUAAAUUUUCAACUUGUGUAUUAAAAAAGGAAAAAGCC